CUAAUCGAAUAAGAAGUUGUUACAGCUGCUUGGCAGCUUUUUUACGUUUCAAUAUUAACAUMUGUCUUUAUAUAUUCGUGAGGUUGUUUGGCGACUGAAGUUUACUUCCAGAGGCUUGCUUCCGAGUGUCGUUGAUUAGGGUGUGGACAGAGCGCUUUCUGUGAGACAGCAGGUCCUAGUGAAGGAGCAGGUCUGUCUCUGUCUGCUGAGUCACUGCAAGCUGGAAGGAGCACUAGGCUAGCYGAGCAGACGACAGCAGAGCACCAUGACCCACCGGCUGUUUGAGGAGAAACACCAUGCCUCUAUCUACCAGAGGUACCGCUUUGUACCCCCAGAGGAGAUCAGAGACAUCAUCCUGCAUUACCUGGAAAGGAAGAAAGUCCAGCCUCAUGCCCUAGCUGUGGACRUGGGCUGUGGGACGGGGCAGAACUCACGCCUGCUGGCCCCACACUUCCAGGAAGUGGUGGGCAUCGACAUCAGCGAGUGCCAACUGGAGGAGGCCAGGGCAGUGGCAGGGUUGAACAACAUCACCUACAGGAAAGGGACAGCAGAGGAGCUGCCGUUUCCGGAUGGUUCUGUGGACCUACUGACUGCAGCCUCAGCGGCCCAUUGGUUUGACCAGGAGCGGUUCCUCUUGGAGGCAGGCCGGGUCCUGAAGCCUUGCGGCUGCAUGGCUCUGCUUGGCUUUGCUGAUAACUUCAGACUCCAUUACGGCUCAUGUGGGGACAGACUCACUGACAUCUAUGAGGAGUUGAAGAAGGUGCUGUUACCAUACACCAGCACACAGGUAGCAGUGUCCAACACCAAACUAAGGGAGCUUUACGCUGCUAUCCCCUUCCCUGACAAAGAGAGGAUUGAGUGUAUCCCACUGAAGCAGCAGAUCUCAGUGAGGAACAUAGUGGGCUUCAUGGAGUCCUUCUCCAUGUACCAGGCCUUCCAGAGGGCCGAGCCUGAUGCUGCCACCGCACUGCUGCAGAGAACACUCGACAGGUUUCUGAAGGAGAUGGGAGUCACAUCACCAGACACACUCAUGGAGGUGACGCUGGAGUAUUUCUGUGUCCUGGCGUCUAAACCGGAGUGAAACACUCUUUACAGUGUYAAUYUGUUUGUGUGGAGACAGAUGUUUCUUAAGCUUGUGUCAAUCAUGUUUAAGCUGUUGUUAAUAGAAGUAGUAUUCUGUUCACAUAAGAUGUCAUUGAAGUCCCUUUGGUUUUGUCUCUUUUCUUUUAUACAUUGUAAUGUAGAGCAAACUAUUAGCCUUAGUCACAUCAUUAUCAAAAUGGUUGCCACAUUUAGUAUCUUCCUUGCCUGAGAUUMACAAUAAAAUGUGUCUGUAGACAGAAUUGUAA